AUAUAUUAAUGCUUUGUUUUCUGAUUUGAUUUUUUCAGAUGCACCCAAAGCAUGCAAGACCUUGGCAGACAUCAUCUUUGUGCUGGAUUCUUCUGGUAGCAUCGGUGCUGACAACUACAUCAAGAUGUUGCAAUUCGCAGCCAACAUCACUGAUAGGUUUACCUUAGGCGUCAAUGAUGUUCUAUUUGCUGAGAUUAUCUACGGCGCAGUCGUUCAAAAAAUGUUUGAUUUUAAUGACAAUAUGGACGCCACAAGUUUAAAAAUGGCAAUCUUACACACUCCAUACUUGAAACAAGCAACCAGGACAGACAGAGCCUUGAACUAUGUCAUCAACAGUACCAUGCUAGAUCCCAACUACUCUGGUGCCAGACUCAAUGCCAAGAAAAUUGUCAUUUUGAUGACUGACGGAGCCUCAGACUUCCCAGCUUUAACUAAGGAAGCCGCUCAGAAAGUGAAAGAACGAGGUCUGUCUAUCAUUGCUGUCGGUAUCGCCAAUGCCAACAUAGAUGAGCUGAAAAAUAUGGCCAGCACGGUGGAUGACGUGUUCAAGGCUGACACAUUUGACGACCUGAAGAAGAUUGCUGAGAAAGUUACACAACGUACUUGCGACAAGAUCAGUUGUUGAUGAAUUGACUCCAAUAAACAAUCAACACUAAAGAUCAGGAUAUUGAGUGAAUCGCUUUUAUAAAUAAAAUACGAAACACAUCUGCUGACAAAA